AUGGCAUCCAAUGCUCCCUCCGGCGCUGUCGGCAUACCAACAUCCAAUGCUCCCUCCGCCGCUGUUGCCCCACCAACUUUCAAGAUUCUCGACCAAAUUGACGGUCAAUUUGGCAACGCCCCUGUGCUCGAAUCUUCAGCAGAAGCCACGAGCUUGAAUGGCAGCACCAAGCCGUGUCGGACUCAGCAGCUUUCGCGCUCUCCGAUCAAGCUCCGCUUCACUUCUCAUAAAUCUAAAACAAAUCAGUGCAUCGAUCUUCAUGCCGAUUCUAGGCAACCGAUCCAGGGAAGCGACGACAACAAGAGACUGCGUCGCUCGAGAAUCGACGUUCGACGAAACGUGGAACAACUCAACUCAGACGUACCUCUCCUUCCAUACGCGAGAUCGUUCUUCAUCUCCUCCACAGUGAGUCGAUGCUGUUUCUUGCUGAGAAAGCUUAUUGGGAGUGGCAAGAGUAUCUUUGAUUGUUUGAAGAUGGAUAUAGUGAGCUUUGGUAUUGAGCUUUUGGGAUCAAACUCUUCUGAUGAACAGCUCAUUGGAGCGAGGAUUCUCAGGCAGUUCUCAGUGAAUUAA